AUGUCAUUGGAGGCGAAAAGUGAAACAUUGAAGAAAAGGAGAGCUUGUUUCGUCUGUUUGAAACCAGGACACAAUUCUAAGAUCUGCAAAGUUUAUUUAAAGUGUAUUAUAUGCAAGAAAAAACACCAUAGCAUUAUGUGUCCAAAUAUAAAUCAAUCAAAACAAGACAAACAAUCUGAAUCGGAUGCACAGGUUCUUUUGUCACCAAAAAAUUCUCCAACGUUACUGUUAACUGUAUUGGUGAAAAUCAUCAAUGGUGACAAGUCCGGAAUCGUUCGUGGAUUAUUUGAUACUGGUGCUCAGAGAUCUUUCAUACGAAAAGAUAUUGCGGAGAAACUAGGAUUGAAACUUGUAGAUCAAGAAAUGAUGAGUCAUGGACUUUUGGUGGGCAGUGAAACUAAACAAGAGUCCCAUAAUGUCUACAAUAUUACAUUACAAAGCUUGUGUUCAAAUUUCAAUGAUACAGGAGAAUAUGUGCCUGAAAUAGUUUUAUUAAUAGGAGCUGAUUAUCUUGGCGCAUUAUUGACUGGGAGAAUUGAGCCCAUUGAUAAUAAUUUGGUAGCUAUUAAAACAAAACUUGGAUGGACGCUUCAAGGUAAACAAAGAAACUACUCAAAAUCUUUGGAGAGUAUUGUAUAUGCUAAUAAUUUAGAUUUGACGGAAUUAUGGAGCCUAGAUGUCAUCGGUAUAAGAUGUCCUGCAGAAGUAAAGUCAAAGCAGGUAACCGAUGAAGAAACGGUAGAUUUCUUCCGUAAAACUAUUAAAAGAAACGAAGACAAAAGAUAUGAAGUAUGUUUGCCAUGGAAAAGUGGACGUCCAGAAUUAGAAACGAAUAAGGAAUUAGUCACUAAACGGUUAAUGUCAACUACCAAAAAUCUCAUACGAUCUGGACAUUUAAAAGAUGUGUUUAAUACGAUGAUGUGUUUCAUGAGUGGGUUCGGGAUGGAAUUAUUGAAAUUGUAG